CCUGACCUCCCCUAUAUAUCACACACACCCCCUUCACAUGUCCUUCCCCCACCAUUUCCACACCUUUAAUUAGCUCAGCUAGCUGUACUCUCUCUCUAGUGGGUCUCGUACUCUCGUAUCGGAUGGACUGCACGAGCUGCCUCGUCGACGACGUGAGCAGCGGCGCGUCCACGGGCAAGAAGGCACCGGCGGCGGCCCCGAGCAGGCCGCUGCAGCGCGUGGGCAGCGGGGCCAGCGCGGUAAUGGACGCGGCGGAGCCCGGCGUGGAGGCGGACUCAGGCAGCGCGGGGCGCGCGGGCGGCGGCGGGAAGCUGCCGUCGUCCAAGUACAAGGGCGUCGUGCCGCAGCCCAACGGGCGGUGGGGCGCGCAGAUCUACGAGCGGCACCAGCGCGUGUGGCUCGGCACGUUCACGAGCGAGGCCGAGGCCGCGCGCUCCUACGACGUCGCCGCGCAGCGCUUCCGGGGGCGCGACGCUGUCACCAACUUCCGCCCGCUAGCCGAAUCCGACCCGGAGGCUGCCGCCGAGCUCCGGUUCCUGGCCUCCCGGUCCAAGGCUGAGGUCGUCGACAUGGUCCGCAAGCACACCUACCUCGAGGAGCUCGCGCAGAACCGGCGCGCCUUCGCCGCCAUAUCGCCGUCGCCUCCUCCCAAGACCCUCACCUCGUCGUCGCCUACGGUGCCCUCCGCGUCCGCGGCGCGCGAGCACCUCUUCAACAAGACGGUGACCCCGAGCGAUGUGGGGAAGCUGAACCGGCUGGUGAUACCGAAGCAGCACGCGGAGAAGCACUUCCCGCUGCAACUCCCGGCCGCUACCGCCGUCUCCGGCGAGUGCAAGGGCAUGCUCCUCAACUUCGAGGACGCCGCGGGGAAGGUGUGGAGGUUUCGGUACUCCUACUGGAACAGUAGCCAGAGCUACGUGCUCACCAAGGGGUGGAGCCGCUUCGUCAAGGAGAAGGGACUGCACGCCGGCGACGCCGUUGGGUUCUACCGCUCCGCCGGCAAGCAGCUCUUCAUCGACUGCAAGCUCCGGCCGAAGACCACCGUCUUCGUCAAAUCGGCGACCACACCGCCCCCUGUAGUGAAGGCGGUGAGGCUUUUCGGCGUCGACUUGCUCACGACACCGAGGCCGGCGGUGGCGCCGGAGCAGGAGGAGAUGACCACGAACAAGAGAGCUAGGGACAUCAUCUUCGGGUCUACACCACACAUGGUUUUCAAGAAGCAAUGCAUAGACUUCUCGAUGACCUAGCUAACGUUUUUGCUCCCCUCUAGCUCGCUUCACUCGGAUGCAUGUGGUAGCUAUAGCGUAGUGCUCUUGAACUUCAUCUCUUCCUUUGAUUGUUCAUUUUGUUUCUUCUUCUACAUGUCCUAGUCUUGCUUAAUUCGCUGUAAAUUAGACAUCUUUUUAUGGUGGCAAAAGUGUAUACUAAUCAAGCCAUGAAGAUUACAUGCCAUAAGAAUCGAUGUUUGGAGGAAUUUAUAUCUCUCUCUCCUUGGUUGAA